UUGAAAUUGAAGAGAAAAUGUACCAAUCUAAUAAACUAAUCAAACUAUGUGUACCAAAACGUAAAUAUCAGAAACAUCCUAUAGAUGGUUCGGGUCCUCUGGUUCGCCAGUAAAAUUAUGACCGCAGACUGAAAAAAAUGGCGGCAUCAUCAUCUCAUCUCUUCGCACUCCCUUCGCCUGCUUCUCCGUUUCUAUCUGCACCAAACCGGAAUCGAGUUCGUGUUCUUGCGAAAUCAUGCCCGGAGAAUCAGAGCUUCGACUCCAACGAUUCGGAUUCUUCCUCAGAGACUACCCACAAAGCCCAGGGAGAUCAGAAAUCAGUGUCACGGAGACAGUGGAUGACGGCAUGUGUGUGCGCAUCUGCAGCUUUAAUUAGCAAUUCUUAUACCUUUGUCUCUGUACAAAGCGCAGCCGCUUUAGACAAGAAACCAGGAGGUUCAUGUCGUAACUGCCAGGGCAGUGGUGCUGUUCUUUGUGAUAUGUGUGGUGGUACAGGAAAAUGGAAAGCUCUCAACCGAAAACGUGCGAAAGAUGUAUAUGAGUUUACGGAAUGUCCAAACUGUUACGGUCGAGGUAAGCUUGUUUGUCCGGUCUGUUUAGGUACAGGUUUACCAAACAACAAAGGCCUUCUUAGAAGGCCUGGUGCUCGUGAGCUACUCGAAAAGAUGUACAAUGGUCGGCUUCUUCCUGAUUCAUGAGAAGAUUGUUACUGCAAAUAUGAUUUUAAGCACAGAGCCAGUAGACAUGAUGAUAGAAGCGGAUGAAAACUUACACAUUGAGGAUGCAUGGAAAGCUAUAGAAGAAUGUAUCGAAUUCAACAUGUUUUUAUAAUGCUGCUAGGUUUGUGUUGUAAAUUCUAUAAACAUAAAACUUUCCUUCUUCCCCAUACAGACUAGACGAAUCAGUUUCGACUAAGAUACUCACUCACUCACCUAUGCAUUUAGGCAUAUAGAAUCACACACUUUGAUUAUUCUCUUUAGACCUAACUACACACACAUCUACUCAAUCACACAACUAUUUCAUAUUUCCUGGAACCAUA